AUGACUCAGAGUGGUGCAUGUCAGAGUAACUUAAGAGUAGUAGUGCAUGGCAGAGGAGCGGGACUAGCUGGUGAGGACGGAUUGAACCGCAGCAUUGAAAAAUUGGCCAAUGUUAAUUUGGACGACACUUCUUAUGGUCAGAUAACUAAAGUGACUUAUAAAAAUUUGAUUUAUAAGGAAAUGAACGUUUAUAUUCUUGUCAUCAAAGCGUUGACUUGCAAAAAACACGGCGGCAUGAAAGUGCUUGUCUGGCAGAACAGUGACGCCCGUCAUGCGACGCCGCUAGAGCUUGAAAGUUUCGAUGGAUGGAAUUCGUUUAACGUCAUACCAUCGUCGAUCGCCGGGCAUCGUCUCUUGCUGUUGACCAUCGUGGAUGGCAAGGUCGACGCUGUCGCGACACAACUCGAGCCAGAGAUGGACCACAGAGAGCAGCCAUCGCCCCUUUGCUGCUGGGGGGAUCAGGUAGCCAGUCACCUCAGUUGCCUGCAUGUAGACUCGGUGUAUUGUGCGUACGGCGUCAACGGGGUGGUGACCGUGUCGCACGAGGCUUUUCUGUGGGGACGGUCCGACAAAGGUCAGUGUGGCGUCUUGACGCAACUCGUCACUUGUCCUCAUCCAGUUGUACUCCAGAUUUCCAAGCGCGAGUUGGAUAAAGAAGACGGUAGCCCUGGUGACGGUAGCCGCGUUCCGGUUGAAAAACUGGCUUUCAGUGUUGCUUGCGGGGAAAGCCACGCCGUGGCAUUAGUGGACUCUACUGUGGCUUCUUCUCGAACGAGUCUUGUACUUGAAAGAGAGUUACCCGAGGCUCAACCGAUAAAAAGAGACAUUGAAGACGAGCUACAGGUGGACGAUGUAUGUCCCCUCGGCCUCAGGUUGGAGUUGCAGCUACCGAUCUGCUCGUCAUUGCCAACGCUGGUCGGUGAAAAGGACGACAGACCUUCUUCGAAUGGCGGCGAAUCGGUCAUCGAAGAUUUGAACGUGGACUCGACGCAAAUACCGCAGCGUUCGACCAGCAUCGAACACAUUUCGUCGCUAGAAUUUCGAAACAGCACAGGUAGCCUGAAGAGUCGGUUUUCUUUCACCACCGUCGAUGUACUCGCCGCUGAGCCGUCACACGAGCCUCAACGACUGAAUUCCUUAAAAACAGCGAAUAUCAUCAAGAUAUCAUGUGGACGGCGUCAUUGCGCUGCUUUGACAGCCGGGGGUGAGGUAUACGUUUGGGGCUCCAACGAAUUUGGCCAGGUGAAGCAGGUUAGUCUAGAUUGCGUCUUAGCCCCUGUUCUGCUGAAGGUCGGCAUGGCGAGUAGCGUGAUGGACGUAAGCUGCGGUGACAACUUCACGGCUUUGCUUGUCAACAACGCUGAUUUCUACCCGGACGUGUACUUUUGCGGCCUUCAUCGAUCAGACAGAACUCUUUCGGUGUCGAGGGAACUUCACAUCGCGUCUAUUCGCUGCUUUGACGACGACUGCAUUGCAGCAUUUCACGUCGGAUCACAGCUAGUCGAUCCAAACCACUACUACGAGGUGCUGUUCCGGUUCAUAGACUUUGUUCGAACCACGAAGCACAUCCAUGACUUCUCGCAAACCCUGGAUGAAGCAUCAGACUUGAACGGAAACUCUGGCGAAAGAUGGUCAGCUUACGUCAGUGACUUGAGAAGCAUCUACUUUUGUUUGACGAAGAUGGCGGUGCUGAUUCGCUGGGUCCUAUUUUCAUCGCAGAGUUCAAAUUGGAUCACUCCGGUGUUCAGCGUCUUGCAAGAGUCAGAGUUUCUGGAUUCUCUGGAAUGUCUUCAUGCUAGUUACUGCUAUGUGGUCGCCGGAAACAUUUUUUCUUCCCUUACGAUUAGUGACCACGUCGAUCGAGAAGUUACACAGUUAUGCGAAAUGCACGGUAUCGAAAGCACUCGUCACAGCAGGUAUUUGCCAAAGUGUUGUUACCUGCCAUGCGAAUUAUUGUUCAAGUUCAACGACGUCGCUCGCGCCGUCGUCGAAAGCAGCGCUUUUUCCGGACGCGAUACAGCUAUGUGGUUUCUUCAGAAGACCAAGUCUUUGGAACAGUGCUUUAAAAUGCGUUUAACGUGGGCAAAAAAUUCUCAAUCGGUCUUUAGUGACAAGAUGUUUUUGCAGAAAGGACUUGAACCCCCAAAUAACCGCUUAGUGGUGUGUAUGUUCACCCAUCCAGCACAGGUUGUGACCUUCGUCAAGGAUAGCACGACCAUCGCCAUCUUCUACGUGGUCAUUUUCACGGACGCUUUCGCUACUCUCAUGAAGAGCUCGUUCAGACUGUAUCCAUUUCCGUUGAUAUGGUUGGUCACUUUGCCGGACGACAAAGGAACGAUGGUUUGGCCGGAUGGGCGGCGCUUCGAAGGCAAGUUUUCAUCCGGUCUCGUUAACGGGUUUGCCGACGGUUCUUCGUAUGAGGGAUACAUGGGCGGUGAUUUCUGCCGCGAGGGACACGGCGUGCUGUUCAGCGCUAGGUCAGUGUUGUAUGUCGGGGCUUGGAAGGCCGACAAGCGGCACGGCUAUGGCGUUGCCGACUUUGGAACAAAAAAGUACCUCGGCAUGUGGGAUAACGAUCGUGAGCACGGAUUUGGGCUUGUGGUCACCCUCGACGGGUUGUGCUUUCAAGGCCAGUUUGUCGAAGGCCGGUUUCUGGGGCGCAUAUUCUUCCCAAACGGUGACGUUCUAGAAGGCACCUUCAGCGGUCCGGUGGACUCUGAGAUUCGCGUCAGAAAUGCGCUGUUAACGAAAGCGCCGUUCGGCGCACAGAGAUCGUGGUUCGAUGUAAUGAGCGAUCACUUCAGUUCAGACGUUCCUCAGACGGACGAGAAAUGGGCGGAUAUCUUUGCGGCCAUCUUCCAGGCCAUCGGUGUCAGCGACUGUGAGCUGAAUCAUAACAAUCCGGAUGCGGUGUGGGACUCGCUGGUUAUUUCGUGUUUUAGCCCAUCAGAUGUGAUCGAUUACGUGCCGGCAUUCCACUCUCCGUUCAACGACAAGUUCGUAAAAAUGGUCGAAGAUUAUUUUCGUUCGGCAUGUAGUGUUCCGUACCACGUGUUUAGCGUUCUGUUGCAUGGCUUGGCAGACGUUUUCAAUGCUAGUUACAGUGGCGCCGGCGCACACUCCCUUCUGCUACCUGCUGCUCUAGCAGAGAUCCGUUCCGUGCUAAGAAGAAUCUACAAGUUGUUGAGGUGCCUCUUCCCAAAUUUGCCUGCUGAAGAUAUGUGCGCUGAAUACAAUGCGUUCAUUCCUCUCAUAUAUCCGAACUUGUUCACGUUGUACGUGAUUCGGUACGAUAACGAAGACUAUUGGAAGAAGGUGAAAAUAAUGAAUCUGAAAAACGACGUUCGGUUGUUGGAGUCGCUGGAGGUAGACAGAAAUUUUUGGCCAAUUGAAUUAGAAGCUACUUCUCCUUUGGACAAGCCUUUGGCAUGCGCAACUGCCCGAAGCAAAUACUACGCUGAAGCAAUUGACUGCCUGCAGAGGAUCAGUUCAGAAUUUGCUCCCGCCUCGAAACUGAACAUUAUUAUGGAAACGUUUGCGCAUAUCAAUAAGUGUGUCACCGACGUGUCCUCGGAGGGCAAUGUGUGCCUUUGGACCGCUGAUAGUCUGGUUCCUGUCAGUAUGUAUGUCAUAAUCAGGGCGCAGAUUCAGCAUCUUGGAGCUGAGCUCAAUUUUGUUAAAGAUUUUUGUCCCCAGAUUCAGGUUGUGAACGAAACUCAGUAUAUUUUUGUUACUCUACAAGGUUGUUAUCAGCAUUUGGUUGAAACUGUAAUAAAUUUUUGAAC